CAGGGAAUGAAUGACAUUCCUUAAACAGUCGAUCCCGCGCAGCUUUCAGUAGCUAAUAUGAUCGCCCUGUCGUCAUAUAUAUUGUCAGAUUCAGGAGAUCGUUUAUUGACAUGUUGCAGCGUAAGAUACCCGAGCUCGUCGAACCCGAGUGUGACCUCCAGCUUCGCUGUACGGGCUACGAUGAACGCACAAUACCAAACUCCGCUUCGUGGACGACAUUUGACUUGACUUCUCCGUUACUUUUCUUCCAUCGUAAGUGGGUCGCAUCCUCCAAAACUCAUAAUUUUUGCUCGACAAGUACAACACCGCUACCCAUGAGCUCUCUUGCAGUGGAUAUUGCCCAUGCCAACAAUGUGGCGAUUGGCCUCAUGCGAGAUGGAAAGAACGGCAGAGCCUCUCAGCUUCUGAGCGUAGCACUCUACAACUUGAAUCGCCGCUUUUUUGUUCGAGACAACAUGACAGGCACACCCAAUUUUUCACCCACCGUGAGUUCCGAUUUUGCCUGCUCAGCCAGAAUGGAGGCGUCAUACGAGGGCCCCGGUGUUGCCAGUGUGAGCGUAACCGAGAGCGACCUUCACGACACACCCCGUUUCGAUGGAAAUAUGUCGCCAUGCCAGCACGAUCUUGCUUUUGAUCCGGAAUCGACGGUACACAACGAUGGUCUCGCUUUCUUCUGCCGAGGCUUUAUCAUUCCGUCAACUGUCAAUUGCUUAUCAACGGUGGAACAAGGGGCUGUUGCAGUCUUUGUUCUGUUCAACUGCGGUCUGGCUUUACACAGACACGGACUACAAACAGGAAAAGCCCGUUUCUUCUGUAAGGCUCUGAGCUUGUACUCCAAAGCUGUUGCCUUGCUCGAAAAAUACGACUUCGGAGAUACGCAAAACGGUUCUCUGUUUGUGGCUCUGUUAGCUCUGUACGUGAACAUUGCGCACGUCCAUUCCGAGUUCUUCAACCGCGAAGCUGCACAGGAAGCCCUUAUGAGUUUCUAUUCAUCCUUCAGUGAGAUUUGCCAGUUUCAAGUUAGCGUACAAGAGUAUAGCUUUUUCUCUUUGGCGGCCUGGCUUUCUCAAUCCCUUCCGGCACAACACGCACCGUCCGCUUGA